CACAGAAACUUGCUCAAACAUUUCAGACCUUAUAUUCAAACUAUCUAUAAUGCCAUUCCUACAUCUGUAAAUAUAUUACUCACUUUUGGACUGAGAAUAUCUUAACAAUAGUCUUUGUAUUGCAUAAAAUCUUGGUAAAUAUAUUUAUUGGACUACGAGAAAAUCCCCUUGGAAAUGCUCUACUAUGAAAACAAACUUAAGCAAACAUUCACCACAGCUCGAUAAAUUGAUCAGGUGGACAGAACAUGCAGGUCAUAUUUUAUGAGAUUAGCUUAUGUAAAGACUCCACACAUACACAUUCUCCACUCCCUCACUGCUUUAACUUCUUCAACCUUUCCGGGGUCAGGUACUGAGUCCUUAGCUCUGCUCCUAUAUAAAUACAUAGAUAACAUUAUGUGUGUUGUUGUUGAAAUGUAUUUAAAUGUCUCUGAGAAGCAUAUAUCACAUGUUUUUGGGCGUUUAUAUGAACGCGCUCUUAUCACAGGCCAAAAAAAAUGGUUUUUGGAAGAGUGCAAUACACCAUUGUAUUGCCGGCGGAAAAGACUAUGUACUACCCGGGGGAGAUAAUUAAAGGACAGCUGCACAUUAAGUCCUCCUCUCCACCAUCGUUAUCAGUUCUCUCCCCUGUACCUGAAGCUGUGCUUGGUUGCCGCUGUGACAGGUCUUGAGAUGCAGCUGACAGGUAAGGCGAAGGUGAUGCUGGUGCACCGUGGACAGAAGAGUGAGACGAGGUACUAUCGAAUAGAAACCUACCUGGAGACCCGCAAACCAGUCGAGGACUUCGAGAGACUUACAGCCGACAACACUGCAUCACAGAAUACUUCUGUGUUCGAAUUUGGAUUCUUUUUGCCCCGUGGUUUACCGCCUUCUUUUGUCAGUCCUCUUAAAAGCAACGGCUAUUUGAGAUACAUCUUGCAGCUGAAAAAAAUUGACAGAGGAAGAGAGAAGAAACUGCGGAAGACUAAAGUCAUUGUGGCGCCGUAUCUUACUUUUGAAAAAAUACCAUCUGCAGGAGACCUGAUCGCAAGAGACCGCCAGGGUGCUUCUCCCAUUUGUUGCUGUGGCGCGGAGAGGGACAUCACCGUCAGGGUCUGGUUGGACAAGGCCGGGGUCUUCGCAGGGACCAGCAUCCCUUUCCACGCCCUCAUCAUCAACAACUCCACACAUUCUAUCCGGUCUUCCUAUCUUACUCUUAGCAGGCACUGGGUGUUCCGAACCUCGCAGAAAAUAGAAAGAGCUUUUGAAAAUGUGGGCUCGUUUCGCAAAGUCAAGCGUGGCACCAUUCCACCCGGAGGAACCAUGACCUGGGGGAUAACGACCCUUCAGUAGCGCUACCUAGCGGUUUGAUUCCCACUGGGCCUCCAGGAUGUUCAAGCAUAAGUGUUUCUUAUCAACUGGAGUUCACAGUCGUUCCGGCAGGAAUGGCCUCGGAUAUGCACCUCUCUCUGCCGAUUCUAGUGGGCGGAACGAUGCCAGAGUCGGUUCAGGAAGAAGUGAACAGAAACAUACAUGGCAUCUAUAUUAACCUCCUUGCUAGACAGAUCCUGUUGCAACAGUUGGCUGCAAAUAACCCUGAGAACUGUCCACCAAACUAAUGAACGCAGCAGGUCCUGGCGCCCAAGAAAGACAUUUUUUGAAAACACCUAAAACAAUCUGUAAGAGUGGAAUAAUGAAAAUCCGACCACUUUGUUUUAUAUCAGAAUAGAAACCAAAGUUUUAUUUCGAGUAGGGUUUUUCAUCUUGGUUUAGUAAUCAUUAAUUAAAACGAUUAAUUUUAUUUGAAACUAUCCUAGACGUUUGAUCAUUUUUGACAAAGUUUGCACAUGACGGUUUUAUUUAUAUAUAUAUAAACCACUAAAAAAGAAACAACUUUCGAGAUUGUCAAAUUUCGUACGGUUAGGGAUGUGAGUUUUAAUUAUUGUUAAUUUUGAUGAUGUUGAAUAUUUAUUAUUCAUUACCUGAGUACAAUAACAUAUCUCAGUCCACAUUUUUAUGUAACACUGUGUGUACACGUGUUUCGUUGUGUUACAUACAUGCGUCUUUAUGAAGGUACACUUCAUGAUUACCAUUGCAAGGUGUGGAUGUGCGUCUGUGUGUGUGUGUGUGAAGUGUGUGUGUGAAGUGUGUGUGUGUGAAGUGUGUGUGAAGUGUGUUGAGCUCGACUGGUGCUGGGCAAGGUGCUGUUUAGUGCGAUAUACAAACAUGUCUUUGAACGAGGCGGUCUUUAUCAGGAAUAUUAUCAGCUUCCUGGUCUGUCUUGUUCCUGGUCUCUAGAGCAGCCAAGUAUUCCGACGAUUUCAGUAAUACUUUUAAUCGCAUGCAAUGAACUAACAAUAAGACUUCUGUUCUCUACUUGAUUAACACCGAGGUCAAGUUAAACACUGAUGUGACCUUUUUCUGUCAGCUCGUAGGUUUAGAAAAGCUGAAAGCUUCUUAGACUUUUUCUUGUCCAAACAAAGAUGGGUGGACCGCAAUGUCUAGUAAUUUAUAAGUUUCUUGAAAAUCAUUCAUAUUUUGUACUUCUUUUGUUUAAUUUUGCUUCUUUUUGUUUUCAUUCUGUUCGGUAU